CAGUUGGUUAUGAAUCGUGAGCCAUGCUGUGGCUAGUGUUCUGUGCCGUGGCUCUGUGGCUAGUGGUCAGACGGUUUCAGAACCGUAGGAUAAUAGCAGUGGCCAGUAAAAUAAAAUGUGGCGUCAAAACUUACCCUUUGGUUGGCCAUGCGUAUUUGUUUAUGGGGGGUGGAGUAAAUCGUAUGGAAUCAUUUCAGCGAUUAGGUCGCGAUGCUAUCAAAAAUGGCGGACUCUCUAAUUUCUGGCUAGGGGGACACUAUUAUACGGUGGUCGUAGAUCCCGUGGAUUUGGAAGUUAUACUAAAAACUUCUUUGGAAAAGGAUGAUAUUAUGCGCUUUGCGAGAAACCUUAUCGGCAAUGGAACAAUUUUUGCACCAGUGAACAUCUGGCGCCCUCGUCGCAAAGUCCUGGCUCCGACCUUCACGCCCAAAAACCUGAACAACUUCGUGAAUAUCUUCGCUCGACAGAGUCAGGUGAUGGUGGAACAACUACAGUCUGUUGAGGGGAAGGGCGCCUUCUCAGUUUGGAAGUAUAUUACCAGUUAUACUAUGGAUUCUGUUUGUGAAACCGCCCUGGGAGUGAACGUAAAUGCCCAAAAGACUACGGAUGAGCCAUUUCUGAUGGCGUUUGAAGAGUGCUGCAAGUUAAUGGCUGCCCGAAUGUUAGCCCCGUGGCUACAUGCUGAUGCUGUGUAUAAGCUGUUACCCCAACAUACUGGCUUUGAAGCCUGUAAGAAGCUCAUCUGCAAUUUUAUUGACCAGGUGAUAAAAGCAAAACGAAAAAGCAUAAAGAUAGACGAGACCAACAUCACGAAAAAAGACACCACCCAUGACAUGAAGACCUUCCUAGAACUCCUAAUAGAAGCAUCAGGGGGAGACCGAGGGUACUCCGACUUGGAGCUACAGGAGGAGACCCUGGUCAUCGUAGUAGCUGGUACUGAUACCUCGGCUGUGGGGGUGUCUUUUGCUGUCAUGAUGCUGGCCAGACAUCCGGAUGUGCAGGAGAUGGUGUAUAGAGAGUUGUACGAAGUAUUCGGUGACUCCGACAGACUCAUUACUCCAGAAGACCUGCCUCGUCUCAAGUACUUAGAUGCCGUGGUCCGAGAAACGUUACGAUUGUACCCACCAGUGCCAGUCGUUGUGAGGAAAAUUGAAAAAGACGUACAACUACCGUCAGGAGUAACCCUAGUAGAAGGUUGCGGAGUAUUAGCCCACAUUUGGGGUACUCAGCGCAACCCUCGGUACUGGGGGGACGAUGCGGAGCAGUUCCGACCAGAACGCUUCCUCGAGACCACGCUCAAACAUCCUGCUGCCUUCAUGGCUUUCAGUCAUGGUCCUAGGAAUUGUUUAGGCUACCAAUACGCCAUGAUGUCAAUGAAGACAGCCUUAGCGACUCUCGUCAGAAGAUACCGCGUGUCCACUUCUGACAUGGCCAGAAGUAAUGGCUGCAAACCAGAAGAUAAACCCAUCACGGUGACCUUUGAUAUCAUGAUGAAAGAUGCUGAUAGGUUCACUGUACAGUUAAAUAGUAGGAAAUAGUUGUGUGAUAGGGUAUUUUUAUAGUUUUUGUAAAUAAAUAGGUAAUUUAAUAGUA